UAAUUCGUUUCACGCUACAGUCUUUGAAACCAUACGCUCUCUCUCUCUCUCUCUCUCUCUCUCUCUCUCAAGAUACUUCUUUCUCUAGCAAAGGGAUUUUAUAAAACUAUGAAACUUCAGACUACCACUCAUUUCUCAUUGCUUUUAUAAGCUCAAACAGCUAUAAAAGCCAUUCAUUUCCCUCUUCCCUGACAUAACCAGAAGCUUUUAAGUAAGUACUUUUCGUUCUCUAGAUCUCUUCCCAAACUCGAUCCCUACAAAGAAGCUCUCAAGAGGGGAGGGGAGGAUAAGUCAAAAGUGAUGGCAAGAAACGAGUGGAUUAAUGGAUAUUUAGAGGCGAUUUUGGACGCGGGAAGUAAAACAAGGAAGAGGUCUGAUGGGAAACCGACUGUCGCAAAGUUCGAAGAGAGAGAAAAAGAGGAAAAAGUGUUCAGUCCCACAAGGUACUUCGUGGAAGAAGUUGUCAAUAGCUUUGAUGAAUCUGACCUCUACAGGACUUGGAUCAAGGUUAUAGCAACUAGGAAUGGUACCCGUGAUCGCAGUAAUAGGCUGGAGAAUAUGUGCUGGCGCAUUUGGCAUCUCGCUCGCAAAAAGAAACAGCAACUGCAGAUAGCAUGGGACGAUGCAAAGAAGCUAGCAAACCAGCGCCUAGAUCGAGAAAAAGGCCGUAAUGAUGCUGCAGAUGACCUCUCAGAGCUCUCAGAGGGCGAGAAGGGUGAAUCCAAUGUCUCAGAAUCUGUCAAGAAUAUUUCCAGGAUCAACUCCGAUAUACAUAUCUGGUCAGAUGAGGAAAAGUCUCGGCGACUUUACAUUGUCCUCAUCAGUAUUCAUGGGUUGGUGCGAGGAGAAAGUAUGGAACUUGGAAGAGAUUCUGAUACCGGUGGUCAGGUGAAAUAUGUUGUGGAACUUGCUCGGGCUCUGGCCAACACAAAAGGAGUCCAUCGCGUUGAUCUUCUAACCAGACAAAUCACCACACCGGAAGUAGACUGUAGCUACGGUGAGCCCAAUGAGAUGCUGUCAUGCCCAUCUGAUGGAAGUGGUAGCUGUGGAGCUUACAUUAUCCGAAUUCCUUGUGGGCCACGCGAUAAGUACAUACCAAAAGAGUCACUUUGGCCUCAUAUACCUGAAUUUGUUGAUGGAGCUCUAAACCAUAUAGUUAACAUGGCAAGAGCUCUAGGUGAAGGGAAUGGGGGAAAGCCAACUUGGCCUUAUGUGAUUCACGGCCACUACGCUGAUGCUGGGGAGGUGGCGGCACGCUUAUCUGGGGCGUUGAAUGUGCCAAUGGUGCUAACUGGCCACUCAUUGGGCCGGAACAAGUUUGAGCAACUGCUUAAGCAAGGGAGGUUUUCUAGGGAGGACAUAAACGCAACCUACAAAAUAAUGAGAAGGAUUGAAGGUGAGGAACUAGGUCUGGAUGCUGCUGAAAUGGUGGUGACUAGCACGAGGCAAGAGAUUGAAGAGCAAUGGGGAUUGUACGAUGGGUUCGACCUCAAGCUUGAGAGGAAGCUUAGGAUUAGGAAACGGCGUGGAGUUAGUUGUUACGGGCGACACAUGCCAAGGAUGGCGGUUAUACCACCAGGCAUGGACUUCAGCUAUGUCACCACCCAAGAUUCAGUGGAAGGUGAUGGUGAUCUCAAGUCAUUGAUUGGCCCAGAGAGAUCUCAGACCAAGAGGAAUCUGCCUCCAAUAUGGUCCGAGGUAAUGCGAUUUUUCACAAACCCCCACAAGCCCAUGAUACUCGCAUUGUCCCGUCCUGACCCAAAGAAAAACGUCACCACAUUGCUCAAGGCUUUUGGGGAAUGCCGACAUCUCCGAGAGCUAGCUAACUUGACACUAAUACUGGGCAACAGAGAUGACAUUCAAGAAAUGCCUAAUAGCAGCUCGGUCGUUCUCGAAACGGUACUCAAACUCAUUGACAAGUACGACUUGUAUGGUCAGGUGGCCUAUCCCAAACAUCACAAGCAAUCUGAAGUUCCUGACAUUUAUCGUCUGGCUGCAAAAACAAAGGGAGUUUUCAUCAACCCAGCUCUCGUGGAACCUUUCGGUCUCACACUCAUUGAGGCAACUGCUUAUGGUUUACCUGUGGUCGCAACCAAAAACGGAGGACCUGUUGAUAUUCUAAAGGCACUAAACAAUGGACUCCUCGUUGAUCCACAUGAUCAGAACGCCAUAGCAGAUGCAUUGCUAAAGCUUGUCGCUGAGAAAAAUCUUUGGCUCGAAUGUCGAAAGAACGGCCUAAAGAAUAUCCACCGUUUUUCAUGGCCAGAGCACUGCCGUAACUACCUCUCCCAUGUUGAGCACUGUCGAAAUCGCCACCCCACCACCCGUCUUGAGAUCAUGCCAAUUCCUGAAGAACCGAUGAGUGAUUCUCUACGGGAUGUGGAAGACGUUUCUUUGAGAUUCUCCACAGAAGGAGACUUAAGGAUCAAUGGAGAGCUGGAUGCAGCAAACAGACAGAAGGAACUCAUUGAAGCCAUAACCAGAAUGGCUGCCUCCAAUGGCCAUCACGGUGCCAAUUACUGUCCAGGUAUAAGGAAGUGGCUAUUUGUAAUAGCCAUAGAUUGUUAUAACAGCACCGGGGAUUGCACGGAAAUGUUCCAGGCAAUUAUCAAGAGUGUUAUGCAAUCUACACAGUCCGGUUUUGGCUUGGGUCAGAUAGGCUUUGUAUUAUUAACCAGUUUAACUUUACAAGAGACCAUAGAAGCAUUGAAAUGCUGCCAGGUAAAUAUAGAAGCCUUUGAUGCAUUGGUGUGUAAGAGUGGAAGUGAAAUGUAUUAUCCAUGGAGAGAUAUGGUAGCUAAUGUGGAUUAUGAAGCUCACAUAGAAUAUAGAUGGCCGGGUGAGAAUGUGAGGUCGAUGGUGACAAGGCUUGCCAGGAUAGAAGAUGGAGCUGAUGAUGACAUCGUGGAGUAUGUGGGUGCAUGCAGCUCUAGGUGCUACUCAUAUAGUGUGAAACCGGCAGCAAAGACUAGAAGGAUAGACGACCUCCGCCAGAAGCUGAGGAUGAGAGGCUUUCGAUGCAAUCUUGUGUACACACAUGCAGCAUCGAGGUUAAAUGUUGUACCUUUGCUUGCAUCAAGAGUGCAGGCACUAAGGUACCUUUCAGUUAUAUGGGGUAUUGAUCUAUCCAAAGUGGUUGUGUUCGUGGGUGAAAGAGGGGAUACAGAUUAUGAAGACCUGCUUGCCGGCCUCCACAAAACCCUUAUUCUAAGAGGCUCUGUGGAGUAUGGCAGUGAGAAGUUUCUUCGCAGUGAAGACAGUUUUAAAAGAGAAGAUGUAAUUCCACAAGAUAGCCCCAACAUCGCCUUGGUAGAGACUUACGGAGACCAUGAUAUCUCAGCAGCUCUAAAAGCUCUUGGAAUCAAGUGAACAGACCUUCCUUCGUUUCUUUUUUCUUUCUUUCUUGCUUCUUUUUUACUAUUAUUAUUAUUAUUAUGGUUAUUAUUAUCAUUUUUAGGGUCUUUAAAGCAAAUAUAGAAGAAUACUGGGUCUCAA